AUGGCGGAUCUUGCAACCACUGUCGACCAUGAUGUCGAUCGCUUUGAUCUGCUGGUCGCGCAGGGCCGCGACGUCGACGCCUUCGUCGAAGCAGCGCAGAAAGGAGUAGUGUCAUACGUUAAAGCAGGGCUUGAGACGAUCCCGAUCAACGCCACGCAUUCCGAACUGGAAUGGACGGCGUUGCAUGCUGCAGCUGCCAAUGGCCACAACGAGAUCGUUGAAUGGCUCUUGGCUCAUGGCGCCGAUGGUUCUUGUGUGACGACGAAACACAAAACCCCGCUAGCCCUUGCCAUGCAACGUGGGCACUCCUCGAUUGUGCAUUUGCUGCGAGUCAGCCGCAAGUUCACGGCAGACGACUUCGUCGAAGCUGCACGUCGCGGAAACCUAGACGAUAUCCAAGCCAUGGUGGCGUGGGGCAUCGACGUGGACGCUACCAACAAAUAUGGCGUGUCGGCACUCAUGUUUGCAGUCGAGGAAGGCCACGCGCCCGUUGUGGGGUAUUUGCUGGUGAAUGGGGCCAAUGCAGCCUCGGGUACUACGCGGCAUGGGACGUCCUUGUGGCUCGCGACGGUGGACAAGGGCCAUCCCGACAUUGUGCGGAAAUUCCUACACGCGGGGGCGUCUGUGUCGUAUAAGGACCCCGAGGACGGAUCGACUGCCCUACAUGUGGCUGCAGGGAGAGGACAUGCAGCAGUGGCUGCUGUCUUGGUGGAUAACGGAGCAGAUAAGACAGCACAUACGAUGGAUGGGGAUACGCCCUAUCGAGUCGCGUUGCGGAAUCGACAGCUCCACGCGGUGGACCCUGCGUCCGGCUUGUCGUUGGAGGUCAUUUUGAGUUGA